AUGCGGGUGGGUGACGGGCGGAUAAUUCAUUUGAAGCUGCGGAUUCGGGUGACGUUUGAGCUCAUCCGCGCAUCUCUAAUCCAUAACUUUCAAGGUUCAUCUGGUGUUGGUUCAGAUAAAAUGUCAGCUUAUGUGAUGGAAGGAGAUUCAGUCAUUUUAAAUACUAAUGUCAAAACAAACCACAAAGAAAAGAUUAAAUGGUUUUUUAAUGACAUCCAUAUUGCUCAAAUCAAUGGAGAUCUCAGUUUUAUCUGUACUGAUGACCAGUGUAAUAAAGAUACUGAGAGAUUCACACACAGACUGAAUCUGGAUAAUCAGACUGGAUCUCUGACCAUCAUGAACAUCAGCACCAAAGACUCAGGACUUUAUGAACUGGAGAUCAUCAGUAACAGGACCAACAUCACAAAGUGCUUCAAUGCUGUUGUCCAUGGUAUUUCUACUGCUGAUCGAGAUAAAAUGAGAAGAAAGUCAGUGAAGGAGAGUGAAUCUGUCACUUUAGAUUCUGGUGAAAUAAAAAAAACAAAUCAUUCGAUGACGUGGUAUUUUAAUGAUAUUUACAUCGCUGAAAUCAUUGAAGAUCCAAGUGAAAUCUGUGCAGAUGAUCAGUGUGAAAAGAGAUUCAGAGACCGACUGAAGGUGGAUCAUCAGACUGGAUCUCUGACCAUCACAAACACCACAACCACAGACUCUGGAGUUUAUAAACUACGAAUCAGCAGGAUCAGAUUCAGCAUUAUUAGGAGCUUCAGUGUUACUGUCACUGCUGUUCUAGCAGGAAUAUAUGCCGCCGUUGCUGUUGUUGUUGCUGUUGUUGUUCUGCUGCUCGUCGUCGCUGCUGCUGCUGUGAUUUACUAUCUCUGGUGCCAAGCUAGAAUGAGAAACUAUAGAAGAGCAGCGAUCAGAAUCAGUGAUGUUUGUUUGCAUGUGUUACAUUAUGAACCCAGACAUAUUUCUCUGCCCACAAUCUUUGUGAUCUGUGGAAAAACAUUUUCACUGCACUUUCCUGUUGUGUAUUGUUGUCCCACUAUCCCAGACAUGAUCUAUAAUUGCUCAUUUUUUUCUUCAGGUGCAUUUAGUGUUGACACAGACGAAGUGUCUGUGAUGGAGGGAGAUUCAGUCACUCUACACACUAAGGUUCAAAUAAAACAAAUAGACAGAAUUAUGUGGUAUUUUAAUGGCGUUCGUGUCGCUCAGAUCAUUUGGUAUCAGAGUAAGAUCUGUACAGAUGCUGAGUGUCCUGAAAGAUUCAGAGACAGACUGAAGCUGGAUCAUGAGACUGGAUCUCUGACCAUCACAAACAUCAACACCACAGACUCUGGAGUUUAUCAUCUUCAGAUCACCAACCGCUACUCUGAAAAGGUCUUCGAUGUUCAUGUUCAUGAUGUUCCUGCUGCUAAACAAGAUGAAAUGAAGUCAGUGACAGAGGGAGAACCUGUUGCUUUAGAUCCUGGUGUAAUAAACGACCCAAAUGAUUUGAUUAAAUGGACUUUUAAUGGUGUUCAUGUUGCUGAAAUUAAUGGAGAUCCCAGCAAGACCUGCAUAGAUAUUCUGUGUCAAGAGGGUGAUGAAAGAUUCAGUGUCAGACUGGUGGUGAAUCAGACUGGAUCUCUGACCAUCAUGAACACCAGAACCACAGACUCUGGAGUUUAUCAACUACAGGUCAUCAGCAGCAACGUCAGUAUUACAAGGAUUAGGAGAUUGAAAGUUACUGUCACUGGUUCAGGUCUGUCUCCAGCUGCUAUAGCGGGAAUAAGUGCUGCUGUACUACUUCUGCUCGCGGCUGCAGAAUCUGGUGUGUUUUACUGUCACAAGCAAAGUCAAAGCAAGGGGACAGGGCAAAAUCACAUUCAGGAAAAUGUACAAUACUUGCCUGUUCAUCAGAAUGAGACUCAAUCAAGGACUGCUCCUAAUGGGAUAUCCCAGAAUCAGACUAAGACUGAGGCUGCUAAUGGAACACCACUGUAACAUUUAUUAUUUGAGUGUGUGCGACGAACAACCGUAUAAGUCCAAAAAAACAAAAAAUGAGAUAACCAUGUGACAUUAAUUGUAUGUGUGAACUUUGUAUACAGAAACAGUUUGGGGAUGUUUUCGCGUGACCAAGAGUCCGCAUUUUAAACGUUAAAAUAGCGCCACACGGAAAAAACCGUUUAUGUCCACAAAGAAGAAUGGAGAUGCCGCUUGCUGUCAUGUCCGCUUCGGACAUUAAAAGGCAAAACCUAGCCUACUGGGCGUCUACUAUAGAUCAGUCAUGAAUAGGUCGAAAUGAAAGUUGAGAAAAUUAUGAUAUAUCUUGUAUACCUUAUGAUAUGUUGAAUAAUAUUUAGCUAUGAUGUAUGUCUGCAUUGUAUUUAUUUAUUUAUUUAUUUAUUUAUUGUUUUUUUGUUAAUAAUUCAUUGUUAUUGCCUGUACUGUAAGAAUGUCUAUGUAUUAUACAUUGUUCAUACUGUAUUUUCUGUUUUUAAAUAAUAAUAAUAAUAAUAAUAAUAAACUAGAAAGAAAUGCUUAAUAUUAACCUGAAGUUUCUGUUACUGUAUUAAAACUAAGAUAAAGGAAUCAGAUCUUUAGUGGUUUAAAGUGAUAUGAUGAACUGGAGUUAUACUGUUAUUCCACACUAACUGGACAUAUACCUUUCUUCCACAUUUCAGAAAUAUAAAUCACAAUAACUUUUGAUUUUUAAUACUGACACUGAAAAAUGUUAUCUCCUUAGAAUUGAGAAGCUUUUGUUGUCUAUUUUCAAGUAAAAUAAAAAUAUAUAAUAUAAUGUUCACAAUCCAAAUGAAAAAAAUCUUAUUACUCAAAAUUUGAAAAUAUGGACUUGUAUGGUUCUUCGUCUCAAGGCCUCAUUUAAUACUUUUAAUGAAAGGGUCAGUGAAAAUACGAAAUGAGAAAGUAGUUCAAACUCACCCAAACAGUAGUCCACAUACUUUGUUACAUAAUCAGUGCUUCAAAAAAGGCAGUUAAGGAGUAAAUGAGCAAUAAAGUAAGAAAAAAGCAACACAUUACCAGCAGCAGGAACAGCAAGGGCUUGAGGUUUUCGCUAUUUAGAGGUUUAUUAAAGGUGCUAAAGUGACCCAAAACAAGAGCAGUCAACGAUUUUUGUUUCUUGUCAUUUGCACCAUAAUGCCAUUUACACUGAUGUACUUAACAGAGCAGUUAUUUUGUCCCAUCUGUUUACAUCCUUUGUAACUGACUGUUUUCAUGAAUACAAGGAAAUGUAUUUGACUGCUCACAUAUUAUUAUUGCACAAGGCUGCAAGACACAAGUGCACUUCACAUACUGUAGUUGCCAAUACAGGUUAGGGUUUUUUUU